AUGCCUUCAAAAAUCGAACUUCUUGAUUCUGAUCUCUUGGAACUACCUCCGAGCUGCCUAGAAUUUUGGCCAAAUAAUCCUUCGUGGUUCGUCAUUGGUACCUACGAGUUAGAUAAAGAAGAAGAAGAAGAAGAUUCAUGGGUAGAUGUCGGGGAGUCUUCGAGUGAAGUCGUUGUGAAUACCGAUCCGUUCCCUCAUAAAGAGGGGAUUGUAUCAUCAGCCCCUUUGAGUUUAAUUGAUUAUUCUCACAGUCCACAUGAAUUCGUCGAAGGUAGCGAAAUCAGCCCGAAUAAUGAGAAAGAUCAAUCAGAGCCCCCAUCGACUCUCCAAAAGAGGAAUGGAAGUGUGAUGCUAUACCGCCUUGAUGGUGGUUCACUGACACUUUGUCAAUCACGUCCCUAUUCCUAUGGAGCAAUCUAUGACCUCCACUUCUGUCCCACAGAUCCAGAUUACUUUGCCGUGUCCUCCAGCACGGGCAGGAUAUCCCUCUUCAAAAUAACGACUAAUGAUGAUCCUUCUCCCAAUCUCGAACACGUCAAUACUUGGAAAGUGUUUGAUGAUUCCGUUCUUAUUACUUUUUUUGCAUGGUGUCCUUCGAAGUCGAAAGAUGGUUCUCUGUCUUUAGCGGUAACGGCUUCAACUGGAGUCGUUCAAAUACUUAACAUCACCGGAGCCAUCUAUGGCAAGAUACACGGUUCGGAUUUACGGUUACGGAGGGAAGAACCACCGAUCGCAUUGCAUGCUUUGAAAAUCCCAUAUUCGGGCGAGGAGCCUCAGUAUGCAUAUUGCUGCCAUUGGGCUUUCCAUCCUCUCUCACUUUCCGAGAAAUUCCACGGUAUAUUUUCUGGAGGAGAUGAUUCGAAACUCAGAACAUGCAUCCUAGGAAAUCCCGGUAACCGCGAGAAUCAUUUUGAUUGGAAUUUGCAAACGUCAUUCUCGGGGCAUGACGCAGCCGUGAUCUCCAUUCUUCCCCUGCCAUCCGGGGACUACAAAUGGAUUCUCCUAACAGGCAGCUACGAUAACAAAGUCCGAAUAAUUGCCAUGGAAUGGUCUACCGGUCCAGUAGAUACCGAUGAGCUUUCCCAGGAAAAGCCCAUCAGUGUUAUGACAGAUCUAGAUGUCGAAGGCGGAGCAUACCGUCUAGAGUUCCUCCACGAUUACCCCAAACAGCCAGACCCCAACCAAGAUCUAUCCUUCCAAAUUCUAGCCUCAUGCAUGGAAGUAGGUGCCAAGAUCCUACAAGUACAGCGAAAGAACAAUACAUGGAACAUCAAAAUCAUUGCAUCCCUCAACAUCUCCAUCCCAAAAUUCCCAAAUCCAAGCGAAAAAUCCCAAUUAUGCUACGCAAGCGCAGUCCAACCAGCAACCAGUAAGAGCGGUAUGGUAUUCAAUAGCUCCUAUUUCAACAAGAGACGAUUGAGUGGUACACCUAGAAAAGUACAACUGGCAACUACAAAUGGAGAUGCGAUUUUCGUAAGCACAUGUUUUAAUAAAAGACAGCUGGGUGUGUAUAAAUUUGUAGAGGGUGAGGGUGUCGAUAAUGGGAUGGAUGAACUUGUAACGGGAGUUAAGGGCUUGUAA